GUAGGGAAGGCAUUUCAAAUAGCUAGAAGGUUCGAAGCCCGGGAAACUCUCUUUCUCUCUCGGAACAGAGGAAGAGGAGAAAAUGCAUGAUCUGAAGUCGUUGCGGCAAGAAUUUCCCGUCCUCGACGAUGGUUUCCUGGAGUUCUGCGCUUCCCAUGGCAUAUUUUCCCUGGAGGACUUCCUGCUGCAUGACCUAUACGCUUUAGUUGGUUUCGCGGAAUGCCAGGCGUCUUCAGCAGAACUAAAGCAGGUCCUUGGAAUCACUCAAGUUCUUUCCAUUAUAGACAGCCAACACCAGCCGUGGUUGAAUGGCAUCGACCUGCUCGAAGAUCAGCAGAAUAAACAUGUUCUUUCAACAGGACUUGAGGGGAUCGAUUCCCUUCUUGAAGGGGGCUUCUGUGAAGGAAAAUUCAUAGAGUUGGUGGGUUCAUCAUCUUCUGGCAAAACACAAGUUUGUCUUGCUGCUGCUGCAUAUAUUGCACAUAAAUACAUGUGUACUGUCAUGUUCCUGGAUACAUGUAGCUCGUUCUCUUCCAAGCGCAUUGCAUGUCACGUAAAUGGUCUUUUGGAACUUUUGCAAAAAGAGGACAAGGAGAGAUGCUUUAAAAGAGUGAUGAAUAGCAUACUAUGUCGACCAGUCCUGGACCUCCUUGAGUUAUCGAAGGUGUUGCAUCAAAUAGAAUCCACCUUAGCAUCGCAGGUGAAAGGCCAACAUACCAAGAUGCGGUUGCUAAUUGUUGACUCAGUCUCAUCAUUGAUAGCCCCAAUACUUGGAAGAAAUUCUACUGGCCAUUCAGCAAUGGUAUCCAUUGGUUAUCUUCUGAAGAAGCUAGCUAUCGAAUAUAAUAUUGCAGUGCUGGUGACAUGGACCCAAGAUUGUACCUGACUGCAUGAGUAUGGGUUGCAUUUUGUGUCUAUAAUUCGUUGUUCAAGUCUUGUUGGCAUGUUGUGUUUGUCCAUGUUCUUACAGGAACACUUGAUCUUGAAUUCUAUUUCUUAGGAAAGCACAUCAGAAGACAUUGAAAUUAUUUCAAAAUUUAUUAGCUACGUGAGAAGUACAUAAUUAUUUUUUUUGGCUAUAAAGUUACUGAAAAACUGAUGGUCGACAGUUUAUGCUUCAAAUCAUAAUAUUUGGGAAUUUGGAAAUUGAGUAUGAGCGCAUGCAUGCUAUUUCGUGUCGACGGCUUUCAUGCCUCUCUCUCGCGGAAUGGCCUAGUUUGACCUCCGGGAGAGUCAAGCUUCUGAAAUCUGAAGUUUACGUUAAAUUAUGAAAUUUCCGCCACCUUGUUCUAUGUCUGACGAAGUUGAUUUUUACUAGGAAACGUAACUUGGACUUGUUUGCCUCUGAACCUUGUAUGGAUUUACUAGGUGCCCUGCACCUUGUUGUUUUAUGCAAAUGGAGCAGCCCACAAUGCACACUUGGUUGAGUCCGGAUUCAUGUUUGUGAAGCAUUUGCAUUUACAUCAGGUCCAUGGAGGGGUGAUUUUCUUUCCUAUGUUUAUCAAUGCUGAACUCCGGUUCAUUUAUGUUGUGUUCAGGUCACUAAUCAUAUGGUUGUGGGUGAGAGAGGAAUUCUCAGGCCUGCGCUUGGUGAAAGCUGGAAAAGGAUGCCCCAUAUACGGCUGCUACUGUCUCGUGAGCCUGGCAAUAAUAUCUGCACCGUCUCCAUACUAAAG